GAAGAAUCGCAAGUAGAAGAAGACGUGGAGAAGGGAAAGAGAAAGCGGCCGUCCGAAGUUUACGCGUUUGUGCGAGGAGACGAUGGGAGACCCCGUGGCCGAAUACGAGAGCCGCCUGGACGCGCAGGAGCAGGAGAUAAGGUCUCUGUCUGCGGAGAUUGAAAAUCUAAAGAAUCCACAGAACCAAGCGUCCGCAACGCUCAGCGACCUGAGAGAAGAAAACGCCCGACUCAAGUACCGCGUCAACAUCCUGAAGAGGAGCCUGCAGGACGGGAGGAGCCAGUGCACACAGUUCAUGAUGAACAUCAACCAGCGGCUGCAGGAGGUCUUCGGCGAGGCCAUUGGCGCCGCGUGUCCCGAGCUGGAGAACCCGCCGCUCACCGUCAGCCCCAACCAGCAGGCCAAGUUUGGAGACUACCAGUGUAACAGCGCCAUGGCCAUCGCCCAGAUGCUGAAAACCAAAGGGUUAAAGGUCAACCCCAGAGAGAUUGCAGAGAAGAUCAUCCAGAACAUUCCAGAAAAUGAGCUGAUUGAGAAGACGAAGACAGCGAUCGCAGGACCAGGGUUCAUCAACGUCCACCUGAAGAGGAAGUUCGUCUCCAAACUGUUGACCAACCUGCUGCUCAACGGUGUCCAGCCGCCUCCGCUGGCCACCAAGAAGAGGGUGGUGGUGGACUUCUCUUCUCCCAACAUUGCUAAGGAGAUGCAUGUGGGUCACCUGCGCUCCACCAUCAUUGGCGACAGCAUGUGUCGCCUGUUUGAGUUCCUCGGCUUCGACGUCCUGAGGUUGAACCAUGUGGGAGACUGGGGAACUCAGUUCGGGAUGCUCAUCGCCCACCUGCAGGACAAAUUCCCCGAUUACCUGACCACCUGUCCACCCAUAGAAGACCUGCAGGCCUUUUACAAGGAGUCUAAGAAGCGUUUUGAUGAAGAGGAGGAGUUCAAGAAGAGAGCCUACCAGUGUGUGGUCAGACUACAGAGCAAAGAGCCAGCCUUCAUCAAAGCCUGGAACCUCAUCUGUGACGUCUCCAGGAAAGAGUUCCAGAAGGUCUACAACUGCUUGGACAUCAAAAUCAUUGAGCGAGGAGAGUCCUUCUACCAGGACAUGAUGACCGCCGUGGUGAAGGAGCUGGAGGACAAAGGUGUGGUGCAGCUGGACGAGGGUCGUAAAAUCGUGUUUGCCCCCGGUCAGUCCAUCCCGCUGACGGUCGUCAAGUCGGAUGGCGGCUACACCUACGACACCUCAGACUUGGCCGCACUACGCCAGCGCGUCUUCGGCGAGAAGGCCGACGUCAUCAUCUACGUCACCGACAGCGGACAGGCCAUGCACUUCCAAGUUGUGUUUGCUGUGGCUCGGAUGAUCGGCUGGUACGACCCCCAGGUGACCCGGGUGGAGCACGCAGGGUUUGGAGUGGUGUUGGGCGAGGACAAGAAGAAGUUUAAGACUCGGUCCGGUGACACGGUGAGGCUGAUGGAUCUGCUGGAGGAAGGCCUGAAGAGGUCCAUGGACAAGCUGAAGGAGAAGGAGCGAGACAAGGUCCUGACCCCGGAGGAGCUGACCAAAGCCCAGAGGUCGGUGGCGUUCGGCUGUAUUAAAUACGCCGACCUCAGCCACAACCGCAUCAAUGACUACGUCUUCUCCUUUGACAAGAUGCUGGACGACCGGGGAAACACGGCCGCCUACCUCCUCUACGCCUUCACCCGCAUCAGGUCCAUAGCCCGCCUGGCCAACAUUGACGAUGCCUCGCUGAGGAAGGCAGCGGCGACCACGGAAGUCCUCCUGGACCAUGACAAGGAGUGGAAGCUUGGCAAAUGCAUCCUGCGCUUCCCGGAGAUCUUGCAGAAGAUCCUGGACGAUCUGCUGCUCCACACGCUGUGCGACUAUCUGUACGAGCUGGCGACCACCUUCACCGAGUUCUACGACAGCUGCUACUGCGUGGAGAAAGACCGUCAGACAGGUGAAGUGGUGAAGGUCAACAUGUGGAGGAUGCUCCUGUGUGAAGCCACGGCGGCCGUCAUGGCUAAAGGCUUUGACAUCCUGGGCAUCAACCCCGUCCAGAGGAUGUGAUGUCACAGGACGUGAUGUCACAAUGCCCAGCACCUUUUCAACACAAAUCACUAAAAUCCAGAGCAGGAGCACCAGAAGACGUAGUAAUAAAUACGACUACCACCGAAAAGACUUUCACAUCAGCAUCGGUAAAAUAAAAGUGAAGAAGACCAGCAGGACUUCAGAGCACGCGGGGUUGUAUUUCACAGCAGUGUGUUGUGUGUCAGCUAAGACGUCUGUUAGCUGCCGUUGAAAUAAACCAUUUGAUUUUGUGAUUUAAUCAUUUUGAGAGGGGGUAAUCAGGUUGUAAUCAGGUUUCAGUGAAACUCUUCAUCGCUGUAACAAUGACAGAAAUUAUAGCCAUGCCUCAG